GACACAUAGUCACAUAUCUAAAACAAGAUUGUAUUAUCAUAUCACCGACGAAUCUACAGAAUUUUGAGGUUUAUUUUUAUACACUGAACCUGGGCUUCUAGGCAUCACAGUCUCGAAUGCAAUCGAAGAUGAGAGAGAGAAGUGAUAAAAGUUUUUAGGCACGCGAAACCAAACCUAGACUGUCAAGGUCUUGAAUUAGGUCGGAUACAACAGAGAUGCGGAAGUGGGUUAUCAUCAUUGUAUUCAAACUUGUCAUCUGGCAUCUGGAUUCAUUGGUCGCAUAGAUAAACGAGUAUGAUAUUAUUUUAUUAUGCCCAGCAUAGAUCGUAAAAAAAAAUAUGGCCAGAGUUGAGAGCAGUAAUUUUAUUUAGAAAUUUAAAAUGGUAUAUAAAUUUAAAAAAAACGUCGUUAACCAAAAAAGAAAGGAAGCAUUUUAGAUGUGGUGUUGGCGGAGAAUGGAGAGAAUCAGCUGGAAAUAAAGAAUCAGCAACGAAGAGGUUCUUAACCGAAUUGGAGAAAAAAGAAACAUCUUGAAACAUAUUGAGAAUAGAAGAGGGAAAAUGUUAGAACACUUGAUACGACACUGUGCCUUCUUCAGAAGUAUUAUAGAAGGAAAGGUGGAAGGAAGAAGACACAAACCACCAAACAAAUUAAAGAAAAAGUGGGCGUCGUGUAGUAUCAAGAAGUGAUGAAGUUGGCUUUGGAGAGAUAACAAUGGAAGGAAUGGAAUUCCUUGUGACAAGAGCCUCGCUCUUAAACUACGUGAUGAUGAUGAUAAUGUAGACGUGUUUUUUUUUUAUUUUCAUAGCAUUAUAUUCAUAGAAUGAUAUAUAACACACGAAUAAAUACACACACACACACCAAUCCUAAAACAUAACACUUAUUUUUAGCAGUCGUAUAAUAAAUAAGUUGAAAUUUGCUGAGUCAGCGUAAAAAAAUAAAAGAAAGAAUUGAAGCGACCGAUCCAUUGAAAAACUCAAUACGAAUCUUUUUUAUCAUUUUAGUACACAAUCCAAUCACAACCUUAUUCAGUACCAAUUUUAGUCAAGAUCGAAAUCAGACCCACAUAAAUAUUGACAAAUCUUAUUGCCGCCACUCGCUAAUGAAAACAAAACAGUAUUGCCACAAACUGCACGGACGGACACGCCUGAAAUAGCACGAAAAUAGGAAACUGCUAAAUAAUACUGUGGAUAAACACACCACAAGAUCGAAACGAAUAAUACAAUGAAAAAUAUUAUGAAAAUGAUAACGAUUUCGCGAUCGAAAAGUGUUACGUCGGCAGUGUUAGCACUGUGGCUUGUUUUGCCGUUAUUUUAUUACAAUAUUCUAAAUAUUUUACCCAGAUACAAAUUCAGUAUCCUGGAAAGGAAAGGAACCCCCAAAUUUAUGAAGCAAUUCAAAGAUGAUUUUAAUGAAUCUGGAGAAUUUUUGCUAAACACACCAGGAUGUUUAAUCCCCAACUAUGGGCGGACUAUUAUUUUCAAACCAGCCAAGAUCUACAAAAAAAAUUGCGCUCAAAGAGGCGUAUUUAUUAACACGGUAUCUGACGAUGAAAUCCAAUUUGUAAUUAAUAAUGAUGUACUUAAUAAGUACAGAAAGAAUAAAAACGAUAUCAACUGUUGCUAUGAAUUUGUGAGUAGACCAAAUUCCAAGAUUCCGGGAGUUAACGACACGCAAGUAGAAUACUCCAAAUGUGUACCAUUUAAGAACGGAGCUAUAACAAAGCUAGUGAAUGAAGUAAUCAAUGUGAAGUGUGUUUCGGGAAACAGUACUAAUGCAUUUUACAAAGAUGGCUACAUCGUAUUGAAGAAAGUCCAGAGGAAGGAAACCAAAGAGCCUCAGGACAAGUGGAACGUUCUCAUACUGGGGAUGGACACGAUGUCGCGGGCAAGAGCGCGAUUCAGUUUGCCGCGAACAAUGGAAUACUUAAAGAAUAGUGGUUGGCUGGAUUUUAAAGGUUAUCAAAAGGUAGGCGAAAAUACAUAUCCCAAUAUAAUGGCUAUAUUAUCAGGUAACGCCAAGCUAUAUUGUGGAAGCAGCAUGGAUAAAUGUAAUGAUCGCCUUAUUUGGAACAAAUUCAGAAGCGCAGGUUAUGUCACCGCAUACGCUGAAGAUUAUUUAAACCUUCCUGACACUUUCCGAAACUAUGGGGGCUUUGAAGUCCCUCCCACUGACCACUACAUGAGGCCCUUCUUUCUCCUCGGAGAAUAUACCACCGGCAAUAAAGUGUGCACACAAAAGAUGUCCUCUGCCAUUCACAUACUCAACUAUGCAUUACAGCUGACUCUGGCAUACGAUAAAAGUAACUUUUUUGGAUUAUUUUGGAUGAAUUCAUAUAGCCACAACCAAAUUAACAAUCCUACACUUAUCGACAGUCAAAUAUCUGAAUUCUUGAAAGUUACAAACAAAAAGAAUACUUUUAUAUUUUUUAUCAGUGACCACGGUAUCCGAUUUGGAGAAUCGAGAUAUAGCGUUGAAUCUUUCUACGAGGAAAGGCUCCCUAUGUUCUAUAUGUGGGUUCCUCUAGAGUUUAGAGAGCGAUAUCCUGAUGAGUUUUACAAUAUGCAAGUGAAUCAAAAUCGAUUAGUGACUACUUACGACCUUCAUGAAACUCUGUGGGAAAUAUUAAAAAUAUCUGACGAUACAGUUGCUAUAAACAAAUCGACAGUGUGUCCGCAAUGUACCAGUAUAUUUGAAGAAAAGUCAAUAAAUAGGACAUGCAUGGACGCUGUUAUAGCUGAAAAGUGGUGCAGUUGUCAUAAUUUAGUCCCAAUUAAUAAAGAAAGUAAAACGGCUCAUAAAAUCAUAGAAGCAGCUUUAGACGGUGUACAAAAUGUCUCCAAUUCAGUUAAGACUAGAAAAUGCAGCGCAUGUGCGAAGUUAGAAGUGAAAAAUGUUUUGAGAGUUCAUGAGUACUACAACGGUGAUACGAAUAAAACUCAUUAUGUUGUGGCGUUUCUGUUGACUCCGGGAGAGAUGGGCUAUGAAGUUAUAGUGGACAAUGAGACAUCGGGUUAUAGGGUAACCAGCCCUCUGUCGACCAUCACCUCGUAUAACAAGAAGGGCGACUGUGUGCUCAACCAUGCACAUCGAGGACUCUGCGUUUGUGUCAAUACUCAUUGUAGAUAAAGGAAAGUUGUUUGUGUAUAUCUUGGUGAUUUUGAAAGUUUAAAUUUGUGAUAUUAGCCUAUAAGUUAUAAAUAUAAUUUAUAAUCUAUGUAAUUAUAUUAUAUAGGACCUGAAUUAUC